UAUUAACAGAUGACAACAAGCGCUUUGGUAUUGAUUUGUAGAUUGAUUACAUUAUUCAUAACUUUGUGUGACUUAUUGGCACGUAGAGAUUUUAAAGCCAUAAAUAUAGUUUCAAGUGUCAGUCUGAAUUGAGGCAGUACUCUUUGUUAAGAUUUGCUUCUGCGUUAUGGAGUAAAUUGGCUAAAGCUAAAUCUUGGAUGAGCCAGCAUGGUGUCUCUGACUGUGGAUUUGAUCUCCAAAUCAAACCACUUUAAAAAGCAAAGAGGUAUAUCUUUUGCCCAGUACCUAAAGACCCUCACCCAUCUACACUUUUCCAACAAAAACAUUGAAGAAAUUGGGGAUCUCUCCGUGUGUGGAAACCUCUCCGUUCUUUAUCUGUAUGACAACAACAUCACACAAAUUCGCAACCUUGACUUUGCCUCCAACGUUACCCAUCUGUACAUGCAAAACAACAACAUCACACAUAUAGAUAAUCUACACAAUCUGCGGAAACUCUCUAAUCUGUAUCUGGGUGGGAACAGAAUUGCAGCGGUGGAGGGUCUGGAGCAGCUUCACCAUCUAAAGGAGCUUCAUCUGGAGAACCAAAGGCUGGGGCCUGGAGAGAAGUUGCUCUUUGACUCAAGGACCCUCCUCUCUCUUGCUGAAACUCUUUGUAUACUCAAUAUAAAUAACAACAACAUUGAUGACAUCACAGAGCUCUCAGUUCUGAAGAAUCUCCAGCAUUUUUCUGCUGCUCUUAACAAACUGCAGAGCAUUGAGGAGAUAGAGGAGGUUCUCCGGCUCUGGCCGCAGCUGCUCCUGCUGGAUCUAAGAGGAAACCCUGUCUGCAAAGAGCUGAAGUACAGAGAUCGAUUAAUAACGGCGUGCAAAAGCCUCGAGAUGUUUGAUGGAAGGAAAGUCAGUGAAGCAACCAGACGCUUCCUUCUUUGGAAGAAGAGCCGUAAACAUCUUGAAGAAAAAAAACAAGUUCAUACACUUUCUGCCAAUGAUCACCUGCUUUUUAACAGAUGACUUUGACACGGGUCAGGGUCCAUUUCCUGACCACAUCUGCAGCCAAGCUAACAUGGAAAACUGGGAGCCACUGCAGUCUCAAUAAUGCGUAUUUUCUAAAAGAACAGGUUAACAAACGAGUGGCAUGUAAGAAAUUUAUGACGAGAAAUCUCACCUCCUCAGUUUAUUAAUGCAAGAUCUAUAAGCGCCUGCUGCAUGCU